CAGCCUCGCUCUGGUCCCUGCGGCUGGCGGCCGAGCCGUGUGUCUCCUCCUCCGCCGCCGCCAUAUUGUCUGUGUGAGGAGAGGGGAGAGCGGCCGCUCCCGCUGCCGCUUCCACCACAGUUUGAAGAAAACAGGUCUGAAACAAGGUCUUACCCCCAGCCAUCUCUGCACACAGUGACUGCCAGAUCUUCAAGCCUCAAGUUCAGCUUUGUCCGCCAACCUGUCUGACAUGUCGGGACCCGUGCCAAGCAGGGCCAGAGUUUACACAGAUGUCAAUACACACAGACCCCGAGAGUACUGGGAUUAUGAGUCACAUGUGGUGGAAUGGGGAAAUCAAGAUGACUAUCAGCUGGUUAGAAAGUUAGGCCGGGGUAAAUACAGUGAAGUAUUCGAAGCCAUCAACAUCACAAAUAAUGAAAAAGUUGUUGUUAAAAUUCUCAAGCCAGUAAAAAAGAAGAAAAUUAAGCGAGAAAUAAAGAUUUUGGAGAAUUUGAGAGGCGGUCCCAACAUCAUCACACUGGCAGACAUUGUAAAAGACCCUGUGUCACGAACCCCUGCCUUGGUUUUUGAACACGUAAACAACACAGACUUCAAGCAAUUGUACCAGACGUUAACAGACUAUGAUAUUCGAUUUUACAUGUAUGAGAUUCUGAAGGCCCUGGAUUAUUGUCACAGCAUGGGAAUUAUGCAUAGAGAUGUGAAGCCCCAUAAUGUCAUGAUUGAUCAUGAGCACAGAAAGCUACGGCUAAUAGACUGGGGUUUAGCUGAGUUUUACCAUCCUGGCCAAGAAUAUAAUGUCAGAGUUGCUUCCCGAUACUUCAAAGGUCCCGAGCUACUUGUAGACUAUCAGAUGUACGAUUAUAGUUUGGAUAUGUGGAGCUUGGGUUGUAUGCUGGCAAGUAUGAUCUUCCGGAAGGAGCCAUUUUUCCAUGGACAUGAUAAUUAUGAUCAGUUGGUGAGGAUAGCCAAGGUUCUGGGGACAGAAGAUUUAUAUGACUAUAUUGACAAAUACAACAUUGAAUUAGAUCCACGUUUCAAUGAUAUCUUGGGCAGACACUCUCGUAAGCGAUGGGAACGCUUUGUACAUAGUGAAAACCAGCACCUUGUCAGCCCUGAGGCCUUGGAUUUUUUGGACAAGCUGCUGCGGUAUGACCACCAGUCACGGCUCACUGCAAGAGAGGCCAUGGAACAUCCCUAUUUCUACACUGUCGUAAAGGACCAGGCUCGAAUGGGUUCAUCUAACAUGCCAGGGGGCAGUACACCUGUCAGCAGCGCCAAUAUGAUGUCAGGGAUUUCUUCAGUGCCAACCCCAUCGCCCCUUGGACCUCUGGCAGGCUCACCAGUGAUUGCUGCUGCCAACCCCCUGGGGAUGCCUGUUCCAGCUGCCGCUGGUGCUCAGCAGUAAUGGCCCCAUCUGUCUCCUGAUGCCUGAGCAGAGGUGGGGAAGUCCACCUUCUCCUUGAUGCAGCUUGCGCCUGGCGGGGAGGGGUGAACACUUCAGAAGCACCGUGUCUGAACCGUUGCUUGUGGAUUUAUAGUAGUUCAGUCAUAAAAAAAAAUUAUAAUAGGCUGAUUUUCUUUUUUUUUUUCUUUUUUCUUUUACUUUUUUUUCUUUUUUGUUUUUAACUCGAACUUUUCAUAACUCAGGGGAUUCCCUGAAAAAUUACCUGCAGGUGGAAUAUUUCACGGACAGAUUUUUGUUCUCCCCUUCCAAAUUCAGUUCCUCAUGACUAAAGAACAAAGAUAAACCAGCCUCAAUCCCAGCUGCUGCAUUUGGGCAGAGAUUUCUUCCCAUUCCCACUGUUGCUUCCCCCAUCUUCCUACACUUUGGGGGGUUGUAUCUCACGCUCUUCUCCAGAGAUUACAAAAACGUAACUUCUCAGGAGGCAGGAAGGAAGAGAGGCAGGUCGGACCCAAUCUAAGAGCAGUGUACUGCUGGUCACUUACAUGACUUUACUCCAGAAGUGCUUCAGUGGGGUUAUCCUGGUGACUCUAGUGGAAGCGUGUCUUACUUAUAUUGAGAUGUUGAAAAUCUACACAAAGUGCAGACAGAUCCUAAAAACUUCUGUUUAGUAUGAAUCAUGUCUUACUGACCUAACCCUAAAUCCAGCUCACUUAUAAUUUUAGUUUUAGUUUAGUUUAAAAUUGUGAUACCUUCCCUCCCAGGCUCCUUCCUACCUUGAUCUUUUCCCCUUUCACCUCCCAACAUGCUGUGCUCAAUAGCUGAUAGGAGGGAGAAGGCAAAAAUCUUUUCAUUUUCUUUGACUUGGCCAUGUUGAAGUCACUUGGUUACUGGGCAUAGCUUACUGCUUUUCUCAAAAGAACAUUUUCUAUGUAGGUUUCAUGAUAGCAGCUCUGAGAACUAAUGGGCAGUGAGGCCACGCUGAGUUUCAUUUUAAGCUUUCUACCUUCUUUUCCUCCUACCCUCCCUUCCUUUACAUGCCAUCCAAUGAGAAGACCUGUUCCUCGGUCUUAUAAAUGUAUCUAAAAGGCAGGAGCAGAGCCACUAUCUCCAGUGAAACAGAAAUGGUAGACCUGUAAUCGUGGGCCACUAUCAACUGUUGUUACAGCCCUGCCACCCCUUGCUGUGUGUAUAUAUAUAAUACUUUGUCCUUCAUAUGUGAAAGAUCCAGUGUUGGAAUUCUUUGGUGUAAAUAAACGUUUGGUUUUAUUUAUCAAGGUUA